UUGCAGGCUGAACCUGAGCAAAGGGGCGAAACGUCCGUUAAGCAGAGACGGCAACGAUUUGUGUCUGAUUUGGUACGGGACUCGUGGAUGGAGACAACAUUUCCUGAAGGUGAUGUAGUCUGCCACGUUUCAUUUGAGUCAAAUCCAAAUUCACGACAGCGGCGAGUGAGAAAGGAAAAUCGGUGGAGAAGACGUGGAAAACUCGGCGUUGGAACAUACGGAACAGUUUGGCUUGAAGAAAGCCAGGAUCUGCAUCCUCUAGUCAAACUACGUGCCGUCAAGGAGAUUGGGAAAGGACCAUAUGAAUGCAGGAAUAUCGAUUACAAUAGGGAACUGGAAGCCAUCGCCAAGUUUUCCCACCCAAAUUAUGUUCACUGUUUCGUCAAGUCCUUGGGUUGGUACGAGAACGAGAGCGCUAUUUUCAUCACGAUGGAGUAUCAUGAAAAAGGCGACCUCCAAAAAUACUUAACAAAAAGGUUCCCGGAAACAGAGGCGAGAACAAUAACAAGCCAGUUACUGGAAGCCCUGUGCUACAUGCACGACAAUGGAUUUGCUCAUCGAGAUUUAAAGCCGGGAAACAUCCUGGCCAUGGAAACUUCUCCAAUUUGGUGGGUUAAAGUAUGCGACUUUGGCAUAUCAAAAAGAGCACAAGAAGAAUCAACAGCCCUUCGUACAACGGAGAUUGGCACGAAAUACUACCAAGCGCCUGAAGUCUGUGGGAUAUAUAGCCCAGAUACAAUUUCUGAAGAAGUUCAUGAAGAGGCAGAUGGUACCUUUUACGGUGUAUCUGUGGACAUAUGGGCCCUGGGAGCCAUCACCUACUACCUGUUGACCAAGCAACAUGCCUUUGGAAGCCUCCAGGCAUUAGGGAAGUAUGCGACGAAGCGCCAGUCAUUUCCAAUCCAGCCUCUGGCCGAAGCUGGUGCUAGUGAUUCUUGCAAGGAUUUAGUUAGGCAGAUGAUGGCUGCUUCUUCAAGUUCUCGACCUACAGCUUCCCAGGCUUUGAAGCAUCCAUGGGUAGAGGAGAAGCUCUCCAGUAGCCCAUCGGAAGAUGACACGCCGGAUAGCAACCCCUGGUCAAGUCCUUUCUCUGGUAAUAUAGACCCCGCCUCAAGGAACAGCUGGCCAACUCCUAUUUCUGAGGAUAUCGACUCUGUAGCAAGCAACACUUGGCCGAGUACAUUGGAGAAAUAG